GUCUCCUCGUGUGGCUCUAUCUUUCUCCAGAAGCCCUGUCCUCACUCUUCUCUUCGCCCGGCUUCUCUGAGGGCACGUUUGUUGUUUCUCGGAAGUGACGAAACCAAAGUACUGAUGGCGGCUCACAGUUUGCUCCCGGAUAUGUAAUGAAACGAAUUUGAUGGCUUCUUAUUGGACUUUUUGCAUACUUUGCCAUUUGUCUGAGGUCUCGAGAUUAACAUCGAACUUGUCGAGCACAAGAGUCGUCAAUCCGAGGAGGGAUAAUUUGUUGUAGAGCUGGCUAGAUCCAAAGCUAGCUGCCUUGCCAAUGAAAUCCAAGUCCAGUUAGCCCUUGAUCGCAGAGGCUGGUUUGAGUGCGUGGCUAGGCUACACGCUUUAAGACGUUUGACAUUUUAGCAGUGUUGUGACACUGGCUGGUCCAGGUGCAGCAGAGUCUCUGGAUUCUGUAGUUUGGCUAGCCUCGCUCGCGGGACUUUAAAAGCAAAGAAGCGGCGGGAAGUGGUUAGCCGACCUGAUUAGCUGUAGCCGUAGUUCCAGCUCUUCUGAAGUCAUUGGUCUCUAGUGGAGAGUGUGCAUCUCUUCUAUGGUUCACCGUUGCGCCGUUCAUCGACUGUCGGCAUGUUGAAGACUCGUCAGUGUUUACUCGGGAUUCGCACCUUCCUUGGAGUGACGUCUAGAAUAUGGAGUUUCAUUUUAUACAUCCUCAGGAAACAUCUACGAACGAUAAUCCAGUACCAAACAGUGCGUUAUGACACAUUACCUCUCUCCCCUAUUUCCAGAAACAGACUCAAUGCGGUGAAGAGGAAGAUAUUGGUGUUGGAUCUGGAUGAGACUUUGAUUCACUCUCACCAUGAUGGCGUCCUUAGACCUACAGUGAGGCCUGGUACACCGCCAGACUUUAUCCUCAAGGUGGUAAUAGACAAACACCCAGUCAGGUUUUUUGUCCAUAAAAGGCCACACGUCGACUUCUUUUUAGAAGUGGUCAGUCAGUGGUAUGAGCUGGUAGUAUUUACAGCUAGUAUGGAGAUAUAUGGAUCGGCCGUAGCAGAUAAGCUGGAUAACAACAGGGAUAUCCUCAAAAGAAGAUACUACAGACAGCACUGUACUUUGGAUUUAGGGAGCUACAUAAAAGAUCUAUCUGUAGUACACAGUGAUCUCUCCAGUAUAGUCAUUCUGGACAACUCGCCUGGAGCUUAUCGAAGUCACCCAGACAAUGCAAUACCUAUAAAGUCGUGGUUCAGUGACCCAAGCGACACAGCACUUCUUAACCUGCUCCCAAUGUUGGAUGCAUUGAGUCAGCGCAACCUCAGUUGUUGGCAGCGCGCCUCACCAAACCACACUUACCAAGAAGCACGUUUUUGCAUUCAAAUGCAGGUUUACCUCAGAUGUUCGCUCCGUCCUCAGUCGAAAUCUCCACCAGCAUCGGCUUUGGUGAUCGUAUCUUUCAGGGCCAGUCUCUCUUCUGGUCACCGUCUGGUUUUUACAUGGCUCUGCCCGUUAAGUGUUAGCCUCUCCUGUGCUGGAACUGUCAGCCUCUCGUCAUUGUGAGCUCCCAUUAGUCAUAUGGACUCCUCUGAGGAAAUGCUAUGAGAAGACAUGGGAGGACAGAAAGGAGAAGACACAUGAUGAAGAAGCUAUUGCUAAUAAACUCAAGACAAAUGGAGAGGCCAGCAUUUUCUUCUUGUAAUUUUUUCCUUAAAAAUGGACACCUCUGCCUUACAGUUGUUGGAUUCAACAUGUGCAUGAUGGAGUGAAUGGGGGAGAAAGCUUCUGAUUCCAAUUUUGAAAUGGAUCAGUGAACGGGUUGUAACUACCAGUCACUUCAUAAGCACUUAUUCCCACUUCCUCAAUGACUGUGUUUGUCUUUUUAGUUUCGUAUGACCUUAGCACAAAUGGUCACAUGGUCUUACCCACUCAUUCUCUCGCUAAGAUUCUGUCCUUCCUCCCUCCUUUUUUUUUUCUGUCUGCCAUCUCGGGUAUCUCAGCCUCUUUUUGUUUAGAGCUGAGAGCCGUUAAUACUGUUGUACUAAUAGUAUGCUGUGGAAGAGAUAACUACGAUCAGCAGGAGAGAAAACUACAGUCCAUUAUUACAGCUUAUGGUAUUAAUUUUCUGUGUAUUUUUUAAAUGGCUCAUAUGUGAAACCUGGUUAAAUCAGAGAGGUUUUCGAAGACACAUUUUUAGAUGCUCUUCGAUAGGAAUACAUCAGCCACUGAGAGUGACACUGAGCAACAAGGACUCUGCUAUAACAGAAAAAUAAAAUAGAGCCUUUUGUCAACAACUGAAAUGA